CUAGGGCCUAAAUAAAAUAUUUGCCAAUGAGUGAUUAGGAUUGAAAGUUAUUGAAACAAUAACCAAGACUAUGAACCUGAAGGAGAAUGAGAGUGGUUUUAUAACCUGCCUUCAGCAACUUUUGUUUGCCUCCUCAACUUUGUCACAGCCAUCUGAACUUGCUGAUGUCUACAGGAAUAUGUAUCUACACAUGCAGAGAGCAUCCACUUUGGAAAAAAGCAAACAAGACCAAGACUUUGGAUCAGAUUUUCAAAAAGAGGCUGCCACUUACCUAAAGAAGUACACAUCUAUUGUAGACAAUAUCAAUACAGGAGGAUUAAACAACUAUGCAGAAGGGGCUUUAGCUUUAUGCAGUAAGUUCAAAAAUGAAAGUGCAAAAUGGAAGACUUCUAGUGUCAACAAAAUGAUGGAAAAGCUUUGUAGUCAACAUUUAUCUGAAGAUGAAGACAGUGUCAUUCAGUUACAGUGUUUGAAACCAAAGUCUUCAAGUUGUACAGAAACAGAGUGUUCUAUCAAUCAGAAACCAACUUUUAGGUUUCAAAAAAUAGUUUCUAAACACAGUGCCAUCAAUGCACCCAACCAGGAAAUACCUGUCAUUAAUGAGCCUUCACCAGGUCCUAGACCUGUACACAACAAUGUCUGUCCCAGUAGUAAAAUGUUGUAUCAGACUGUCAUACAAGACAAACAACCAGCUAGGCCACAGUCUGCCUUCAGCUAUAGCAGUGUAAAAGAGCCACCAGGAUAUAUGAACACAACCAGAUAUCCACAACCCAGUCCAACCUACACAGCUCAAGGGAACAUUACUCCGUCUGUACCUAAAAUUGUUGCACACUCCUCCAACUACGGUGAGAAAAGAAAAAAAUCUCAUUGGUCGUAUAAUCAGGCUGCAGAUAAUGAUCAACAAGAAGAAGAAGAUCAAGUUUCUGCCCGUGUACCUUUUAAGACAGCUAAACAACAAUUGGUCAUAAACCAACUAAAAACUGGAGGUUACGUCUCAGAAGAAAAUUAUGGAGCAGUCAAGAAAUCUUUGGGAACCAGGAGAGGUCCAACUUCCAAGUUUAUUCCACCUAUACUUAACAGAGAUUCCGAUGAACAGGGAAGUUGUUUUGGGCAGUCUGCCAAACAAACUAGAGACAGUGAUCAGACAAAUAGUGGUGAUGAAUUUGUAGAUGAAAAACUGAAAGGUAUCGACCCAAAAAUGAUUGAGUUAAUAAAGAACGAGAUAAUGGAUCAUGGGGCUUUGAUCACUUGGUCAGACAUUGCUGGUCUGGAAUUUGCUAAAAAGACAAUCAAAGAAAUUGUUGUUUGGCCUAUGCUUAGACCUGAUAUUUUUGUUGGGCUGCGAGGGCCACCAAAAGGGCUUUUACUGUUUGGACCUCCAGGCACUGGCAAAACACUGAUAGGGAAGUGUAUUGCCAGCCAGUCCAAGUCAACGUUCUUUAGCAUUUCAGCCUCCAGUUUGACUUCUAAAUGGGUAGGGGAAGGGGAGAAGAUGGUGCGAGCCCUGUUUGCUGUGGCACGGUUUUACCAACCUGCUGUUGUCUUCAUUGAUGAAAUAGAUUCCCUGCUCUCUCAAAGAUCUGACUCGGAGCAUGAAUCUUCUCGCAGGAUAAAAACUGAAUUUUUAGUCCAACUGGAUGGAGCAGCCACGCAGGCUGAAGACAGGAUUCUUGUUAUUGGUGCCACAAACAGACCCCAGGAACUGGACGAGGCUGCCAGAAGAAGAUUUGUCAAGCGCCUGCUCAUCCCACUCCCAGAAGCUGUUGCUAGGCAACAGAUUGUUCUAAAUCUAAUGAGCCAGCAGAAUAGUCAGCUCAGUGAGAAGGAUAUUCAGGCAAUCUGUGAUAAAACUGAUGGUUAUUCAGGGGCUGACAUGACCAACCUAUGUAGAGAGGCUGCUUUAGGCCCCAUCAGAAGUAUACCAAUUGAGGAAAUGGAAACAAUAACACCCGACCAGGUUCGACCAAUAUUGUUUAGAGAUUUUGAAGAAGCUCUUUGUCAGGUACGUGCAAGUGUUUCCCCUAAAGAUCUGGAACUUUACACAGAGUGGAGCAAAACAUUUGGCAGCUUUGGACAUUGACUAGUGCCUACAGCAUUGUUAUAUUUUGUUACUCAUGUUAGAUCAUUAAAAAACUAUAUUCUCAAA